UUUAACCGCAAAGAAUGACGGGAAAACGGGUUAACAAGAAUGGCUUCGCUCUGGUCUUACUGAAAGUUUGAGUAAGCCAUAUUAUCAAAAAAAUAUAAUAGGAAUUAAAGAAAAGUAAAAUGUUUCUAUAAUGUAGCAGGUAUUCUGUGAGUAGUAGGAGCGAUUUUGUCACGAUUUACACCGAUUCAUCCAGACAGACCUUUCCUUUUUCACCAUGUCUGCGAAAGUGGAUUUCAAGGAGAGAAGCAGGUCAAGCACAGACUCAAAAGAGAGGAGACGAUCGAGAAGCAGAGGAAGAGACGAAAAGAAGCGAAAACGCAGCCGAAGCAGAUCCUCCUCGGUCAGUUCAUCUUCCUCCUCAACAUCCUCCUCCUCCUCGUCCUCAUCUUCAUCUCACUCUUCUUCUAGCAGUGACUCUUCAGGCAGCAGGAGCAGCUCCAGUAGCAGUGAUUCUUACCGAAAGAAACAAAAAGUUUCAAAGAAAAGGAAGAAGGAAAAGCCUGGCAAAAAGAAACAGAAAAUAGACAAAUCACGGAAACGAAAGAAGGACAAGAAACAUAAAGGAGAUGAAGAUUCUUCUGGUCCUGUUCAGAUUUCAAAGUACCUGAAGGAGAAGAAGCGGAGUGGCAAGUACAGCAUGAUCUCAGGGAAGAAGAUCAAAAUGAAGGUGAAGAAAUCAAAGAAGGACAAGCAAAGAGACAAGAACCGUGCUGAACUGUUGGAGUUUCUGAAUUCAACUUGCUAAUUCAGACUCUGUGCGUCUACUUUCCCCAUAAUUCAUUUAUUUUUUAUUUUUAUUGACUUUGUCUUGGCCAAUCAGCUCUCAGGGAAAUGCCUGUUAUUUCCUGUAAUGGACCGCACUGUGGGGCCUCAUGCUGCUCACCACAACUGGAGAAAAUUCUUAUUUUGUUAUCUUAUCUUUCUAUAUUAUUUUGUUAACAUCCAGUACUCGCAUUAUAUUCCUGUUAGGAAGCGUCACUCUUGUAUGUGUUUGCUUUUUUGAACUUAAUGAGGGUGAUGUACCGUACUUUUAACCUACUUUCGAAUUCAGACCACUAUUACUGUAAUAAGACUGCCCAGGUUUUUAAGAUAAAGAUACAAAAACAAAAAAAAAAGUGAUAUUUUUUUAAUCCAAGACAGACUGUUCUUUUGUUUGUUUGCUUGUUUUUUUUUUGUUUUUUGUUUUUUUUUUCAAUACCCCUAAUUUCACAUUUUACAACGGACAACUAAAAAACUUAUUAGACAUGUAGAAAAAGUGGACGUGUAGAAAAUAUCAGUAAAUACAAUUCUGAUGGCACAUAAAUGUGAUAUAAAACAAUAGUGCAGCAUUCAGAAAAUCUGUGUUAUUUGUCAUGUUUAAAUUGGUAAAAAUUGAUAACAUGCUGAUGUCUGUAAGGAUUCUUAGAUAAAUAAAAACAAAUCGUUCCAAA